GUCACAGAAGUCACGUGGCUUUUGUUAUUUCAUGGUCCUUUAGCUGGGUGGGAUGUAGCUGCUACCCGAGGUUUAUAGGAACGUGAAGAAGAUCCGGGUUUAUCUGACAAUGGCCGGGGUCACGGGGAGAGGUUUUUUGUAACGCAGGGAUCGUGGGGACCGAUAGGAAAACAUCAUUAAGCUCAGUGUCUCAGUGUUGCACAAUAUCACUGACCAUGAACAAGAUAAAGAAGAAGCUGCCUGAGCGGAUCCUGAAUCACAUCCUGGAGAUUCUCUACCUGCUGACGGGAGAGCGCGUGACUAACUCACUGACAGCAAGUCACAUGACCGGGGACAAGAAGACGACAGAGAAGAUACUGACCCACACCCUGCAGAUCAUGUACCUGCUGACCGGGGAGGUGCCUAUAAAGUGUGAUGAUGUUGCCGUGUAUUUCUCUAUGGACGAGUUGGAGUAUAUGGAGGUACACAAGGAGCUUUACAAGGAUGUCCUGAUUGAGACUGAUCAGAAACCCCAAAUCACUAAGAUCCCAGAACACAAGGGCUCAGGUGAAGUUGGGUUAAACACUGAACCAACGGAAUACUUGCGUAUUAGUCAGCUGCACCCUGCGGAGCAAAAAAUCUGUGACCGUAUUAGCACAAAUGAUGCUAAGUCUGUGGUCAUAUUUAAUGCUGAACAAGCAGAUGAUCCGAGUCUGAGUAAACCGGAAUCUCUGGAGCAGAAAAUCAGUAUUUGCAAAGUUAAAAUUAAAAUGGAAGAAAGAAAAGAUCUGUGUGUGGUGAAACCCCUUGAAAUCCAGGACCAGGAAAACUAUGACAAUACGGACACAAAUAAAAUGAACCCUGCAAAAGAGGAACAAGCAGAAGAUCUGUAUACAGUGAAACCCCUGACAUUUAAAGAGAAGGAAGACUAUGAAAAUACUGAUAUGGAAAACCACAAGGAUACAGAGACAAGUGAUGUUAAGGCUGAAGUUUUACUUAAUUCUCAACAAACAAAUGAUCUGAGUCUGAGUGAUCUGGAAUCUCUGGAGCAAAAAAUCGGGGACAAUAUUAAGACAGUUAAAAUUAAAACGGAACAAGCUGAAGAUUUAUGUGUUGUGAAAUCCCUUGAAAUUCAGGAGCAGGAAAACUAUACAGAUACGGACAUGGAAAAUUCUGAGGAUACAGACACAAAUAAAAUAAAAGUGGAAGAAGCAGAAGAUCUGAGUGUGGUGAAAUCCCUUGAAAUUCCGGAGCAGGAAGACUAUGAAGAUACUGACCUGGAAAACGACGAGGAUACGGACACAAAUAGAUCUAUGUGGCCAGAUAUUUCUAGUCAAGACUGGAGUGCAGAUGCUUCUAUCAAGCUCUUUAAAGUUCAACAAAGUAACGUGGGAAAUAAACCGUAUCCAUGUUUUGCCUCAUAUAGUAAAUGUUUCGCACAGAAAUCAUCUCUUGUCACCCAUCAGAACAUAUAUACUAGAAAGAAAGUAUUUUUAUGUUCUGAAUGUGGGGAAUGCUUUAACGAGGAUGCAACUUUUAUUACUCAUCUGAAAACGCACGAAAGUGAGAAAUUCUUCUUAAAUUCUGAAUGUGGGACAUAUUUUCCAGACAACUCAAAUUUUAAUUUGCAUCAGAAAAUCUGUACAGUAGUGAAACCAUUUUCAUGUUCUGAAUGUGGAGAAUGUUUUACAUCAAAAUCACAUCUUAUUAGUCAUCAACAUAUUCAUGCACCAGAAAAACCAUUUUCAUGCUCUGAAUGUGGAAAAUGUUUUAACUGGAAAUCAACUCUUAUUAGUCAUCAGAAAAUUCAUACAGGGGAGAAAGAAUUUGCGUGUUCUGAAUGUGGAAAAUGUUUUACUGACAAAUCAAAUUUGAAUGCACAUCAGAAAAUUCAUACAGAAGAGAAAGCAUUUUCAUGUUAUGAAUGUGGGAAAUGUUUUAAAUGGAAAUCCAAUUUUAUUAGGCAUCAGAAAAUGCACUCAGGAGAGAAAGCAUUUUCAUGUUCUGAAUGUGGGAAAUGUUUUACAUUAAAAUCAAAUCUUAUCAGUCAUCAGAAAAUUCAUACAAGAGAGAAAGCAUUUUCAUGUUCUGAAUGUGGGAAAUGUUUUAAAUGGAAAUCAAAUCUUAUUAGGCAUCAGAAAAGGCACACAGGGAAGAAAGCAUUUUCAUAUUCUGAAUGUGAGAAAGAAUGCAUUGUCAUGUUUUGAAUAUGGGAAAUGUUUUAACUGUAAGUCAAGUCGUAUUCCUCAUCCGAAAACUCAUACAGUAAAGGACGCAUUAUUCACUGUCAUUUAGAAAUAAACACACAUCAUAUGACAUAAAUAAAAAGAUAGGAGUGACCACUAUAAUAUAUGCUAAGCCCACUGUUAUUAAAGUUAAUGUUUUUUCCCUGUCUGAGGGGAAAACCAGCAUGAUUUGUAGAUGCCCUAAAGUCACAGAGGUUAUUAUUGAAGUAGGUAGAUCAGUUAUACUAUAUACUGCUGUAUUUCAUGAAUAACACACAUUUCAUCAUAGCGAUUUUUCUGAUCUACUUAUCUCUAGCAGUACGAGCUAUGACUCUGAUCAGCUGACAGUAUAGGAGCUGUAUUAUACUACAUAGCUUCUAUUCAGAUAACUGACAAGUUUAUUAUCUAAUGUGAGAAAUCAUUAUAAUGUUAGAAUUUUAAAACAUUUAAGAAGGUGGUGAGAGUCCACUAUCCGUUACGCAUGGGGUGGCAAUUCCUACCACUAUGCGAAGGUAAAGAUUCCCAAACUUUCAAGAGCACUUCAUCCCUCCCAGCUAACUGAUAUGUCUAAAUCGUUGCCUUCCAGGAGGGUUAAGAAAUGAGGUGCUCCUGAAUUUUCUAGAAAGGAGUGCUCAGACUGAUUUGAGGCCCAUUUUUCUUUUCAGAGAACUACUGUCGAGGGUUAGAGGGGAAUUUGGAGUAUGGGCCAAUUACAUAAUUACUGCUGUUGUAGAAGUAAGUCACAAGCCUACCACAGGCAUAGCGGGGACUAGUCCCUUAGCCUCCCCCUGUGGGUCAUUAAUAUACUUCUUUUUAAUAUAUUAUGCACUAAUGUCAUCAGCACUGGAUCGGCUACCCACUGAACAUAGUAUUUUUUGCAGAUGGAACAAAAUACUCCUUACACAUGGUAAGCAGUGAUCUGGGUACUGGACAGGUAAGUAAAUUAUUAGCACUCACAUAGCCCACAGGCUAUCAGCAGGUACAUUUUGUAAUUGUACAUUAUAGCUAGGGAGCUUCAAGUUAGCAGCACAAUUUUAACCUAUAACCAAGAAUGGGGAAGCAUUCUUACACACAGGUUAUUAUACUUAUGGGGCAGCUAGGACCUAUGUUGGUCAGAGAGUACUCUGGCUCUUAAUUAUUUUUUUCUUAUUUCACAUUUGUGCCUUUAUUUUGUUGGGCUAUAGCACUAUUCAGUGCUCUCACAGGGUCUCUGCUUAACAUAGAGGAUUUUUUUUACUUAUAGCGCAUCAGUUCCCCUCAUAUAGCAGGGGGAGCCAAUGCACAAUUCACUGUCAUUAUUUUCUGAGGUUUCCAGGAAACAAUAGCACUUUGAGAAUUUUCACGCCUUUAAGACUGAUCUGAAGCACUCUACAGUUUACUGUGCCGUACAUUUUCAUUCCGGUCACGGGAUCCUCCUCAUAGUUGAUAUAGUGUUGCGCGAGUGAAUACAUUUUCCUGCCACUCCAGAGCCUGUCUCCUCUCUUCUUUAACACUAUGGAGGGUGUAAAGAUUUGAAACAAGAGCCUGGGUAUCUUUUGGGUCAAGCAGGGGUUCUCAUAUUACUUGCUGUCAUAUCCCAUGUAUUGUUAUUUGGUUUUAUUAGUGUUUGAAAGCCCUAAGGAUUAACGUCUGUACUUAUAUUGUACUGCUUGUGCUUUAUUUGCUAUCUCUGUGUGGUUAACAUGGAGCAUUCUGACACUGUCCCCAAUUCUGAACUUAUUUUAGAUGAUCGAUCUUCUGAUAAUUUAACUGUUUUUACUUUUAUUUAUCUCCUGUUACUCCUCUGGAUCAAUUAUGCAGCCAUUGUAUGGCUUUUCUCAUGCACUCUAGUAUACAGUCUCUAUUAGUACAAUACAGGGGAGAGAUUAAAAUGUUAGUCCUGAAGUUGAAGCAUUUGUGUGUUAUAAUGUAUCUAUAAGUAAGCACAAAAAAAGUUUCUGAUAAACUUAUGUUGCUCGACUUACAUAGUAUUUCUGAAUCUCUUAAGAUCAGAACAGCUAAAAAGUUACUUACAGAUUCAGAUACUGAUAAUUAUUAUCAGUUUUUUGUAGAGUGCCAACAGAUUCUACAAUGCUUAAACUUAGGUAUUGUGUGCAAGUUAUUAUUUAUAGUGAACAAAUUAUAGAGAUCCCUGACAAGAGUUGCACUGUUACAAAUCAGCUCUCAUGAAGGUGAUCUACAAACAGCUCGGGGCAAAAUCCAGAUUGCAGUGGGUCAACGAGGGAGUUUAAUGUGAGGAAAAGUGAUAAACGUAUAUAUACUAGCUUUUCCAGAAGUUUGGAGGAAAAGGGAAAUAGGAUGGCAGUUGGAUGGGGAGGUUGGAUCAAGAGAAGGUUUUUUGAGGAUAGGUUUAUUAAGUGCAUGUUUAAUAGAUGAGGGAAAUAUACCGGUGCUGAGGGAGAGGUUGAAAAUUUGUGUGAGGAUAGGGGUAAGGGUAGGAGAGAGGAAGGGGAGUAGUUGUAAGGCAAUGGGAUUAAUGGUACAGGUAGUGAAAUGAGGAGGAGAUCUAAAGGCAGAAACGUCUUCCUCAGUAACAGGGCCAAAAGAGCCAAAUUUGUGGCUGUGUGGCUUUGGCUGAUAGCAAGCGGUUGAGGAGUUUGGAGACAGCUAGCAUGUUGAGAGAUGAUUUAAUUUCUGAUGGAAUCAUUUUUGUUGUUGAAAUGUCUGGCAAAAUCUUGAGCUGAGAGAGUUGUAGUAGGAGGUGGGGGUGGGCGGAGAAGAGUAAUAAAAGUUGAGAACAGUCAUUUUGGAUUUUAUGAAAGAGUAGACAUGUAAUCCUGCUUAGAGAGGUUAAGGGCAGAUUAAUAGGUGUUCAAAAUGAACUUGUAGUGAAGACAGAGAUUUCCAAUUCUUCGACAUCUGUGUAGGUAGUGUGUCAGCAACAGAGUCAAAAGUCUGUAUCCAGCACAGAAUCUCCCAAGGUGUGCACAAAGCUGUGAGGUGCAAACUGCAAAAGCACCCAAGAAACAUCAAAUGUACAAAAUCACAGCAGCACCACUGCAGUGUUUCCAAUCUUUU